UUUACCUUAACCUUCCCCUCCGGCCAUUUAAAAUGGAUCGUUCCGCUAGUGUUGUUGUGCUUUCGCUGCUCCUAAACCUGUACGCCCAACUGGGCCACGUACAGUGUGCCGUUGAUCCGUACCCCGGUAAGGAAGUUUGUGGACUAAAGCUUACCCCCAUGAUGGCCUCGAUCAAAGAGUGGAUAGCGGCGGCCGAAAAUUGCCAUCUAAGCAAGCUGUGCGAAAACAAGAACCACGUAACGCAGUACACUCAGGCACGUAUCCGGUGUGAGAUUUUGGCCAAGCGACAGUCGGCCCCAGCUACUGCUGCUGGAAAAGUGACGACAGAGGAUGUGCUGCCGAAAAUUGAAACGGCGCUGAACAAUUUGCAAGCCAUGUUUAAACCAACAAGAGCGGAACUGGCGAAGCUGGACAAGGUGCUUGAUCAGCAGGUACGUGACGUCUGGAAUGAGAUAGCCACGCUUCAGACGGAAGUGUUCCACAGUACGCUCGCGUCGGGCCGUAUCGAACGGGCCAUGUUCUACAGCUUCCUGGACGGUGACAUCGAUCCACAACCGGACGUCGAGCCUUCCAACGUGCAGGAAUUGCUGCAGUACGCUUGGGCGUUGCCGUUACACACCUCGCAACGCAAUAUGUACAAGUUGAUCGAGAAGGUAGUUCGGUCGGCUCAAGACCCACUGCUCGAAACGCUCUACACCGUUGAUGUGGCCAAUGUCGUCAAUCCGGUACUGGGAAGCCAACAGCAACUGUUCAACGAGCAGCUGGAGAAGCUAAGAAGCAACCUGUCCGCGAAUUCCUACGACACACUCGUUACCAUCGCAAGACGCUUCCCGGAACGGUUCGCCUACCUGAACGAACGUUUGUUCAAGCUUCCCGAGGGCAGCAAACCUCGGCCGGACACACUUCCCAACGUGGCGAACUUUAUCGGCCAACUGCCUACUGCUGAGCAGCGGUUCAAGGCGGCCGGUGCAUUGCUACAGUCCCUGACGCUCGAUAAUGGUACGCUCACCUCGGACGCGGAGUAUGUGUACCCACUAUCGAAAUUAGCGUUCGGUAUGCGCAGUCUGAUGGAUUCCCAAAAGUACGCGGACGCAGCUAAUCUGAGGGACAAGUUUAACACCCCCGUCAGUGGAAAGUCGGCCCAUUACUUCCAGCAGCUUCUUCCCAACCCUGCGUCCUCUAAGGUCUCUAAUACGGCAGCCACAGCAGCCUAAGGUCGCUCAAUAAAGCUAUUUCCAAUUGCGGAGGGUUCCGUUUCACCGGCGCAUCACAUCUCA